CGGCGUUUGCGUUAAAUCGAGGUCUCUCAAGCUCGUCUUUGGAAUAAUUGCAUGCUAGCUGAGCUGCGUUUAUGCAAGUCACGAUCACGAUAACAUUUUCAGUUAGAGUCUGGAUAUUUAGGCCUAGGAGUUUUGCCCUGAUUGAUUGAGAUUGAAUUCUAGUAUUAAGAGGGUGUGUGCCAGGAUUGACUUGGAUCGUUUAGAAUGGGUCUGCUGUCCCAAGGUACACCGCUCACCUGGGAAGAGACAAAGAAGUACACAGAUCACGUCCAAAAACAUGGCAUCCAACAAUUCAUCAACCUUUAUCACAAACUCAAGGAUCGGCCUUGUGAUACACUCAAAUGGGGAGAUGAGAUUGAAUACAUUGUGGUAAAACAAGAUCACAAAAACAAGAAAGCCAGAGUUUUCUUAGCAGCUGACCGUCUUCUUCCUGUUCUGCAAGAGCUUGAAAAGAAUCAACCAAGUGAAACGAAGACCACUUGGGCUCCAGAGUAUGCCAGUUACAUGGUUGAGGGCGUUCCAGGCAAGCCAUACGGAGGUCUCAUGGCGCACUUCAAUACUGUUGAAGCCAACAUGAAACUCAGACGGCAGCAGGUUUUGGGUCUACUAGAUAGUGAAGAAGGAGAAACUUGCCUUAGUAUGACGGUAUUUCCAAGACUUGGCUGUCCAGACUUCUCCAUCCCUUCGUAUACACCAAACCCAUCAGAUGACGGUGUUACCAAGUCCAUUUUUCUUCCAGAUGAAGUCAUUCAUAACUCUCAUCCAAGAUUCAGGACAUUGACCAAGAACAUUAGGAAAAGGAAAGGAGAGAAAGUGGCUAUUAAUGUACCAAUUUUCAAAGAUACCAACACACCAAGCCCGUUUGUAGAGAAGUUUGAGAACGACUGGGAUGGCGAAUCGGCGAGAGCAGCCAAACCGGACCACAUCUACAUGGAUUGCAUGGGAUUUGGUAUGGGCAAUUGCUGUCUUCAGACUACCUUUCAGGCUUGUAAUAUCACAGAAGGAAGGGCACUCUAUGAUCAGCUUACUCCACUCACACCUAUACUGAUGGCAUUGAGUGCUGCUUCUCCGGUGUACCGUGGGUAUCUGUCUGACGUGGACUGUCGAUGGGAUGUCAUCUCUGGCUCUGUUGAUGACAGGACUAGGGAGGAAAUGGGUAUGCAGGAAUUAAGGAACAAUCGAUUCAGGGUUCCAAAGUCUCGGUAUAGCACGGUGGAUUGCUACCUCUCACCAGCGGGAGAGAGAUACAAUGAUACUGAUCUAGUGCUUGAUGAAGAGCUAUGCCAAGACAUGAUCGAUGCUGGUAUUGAUAGACAGUUAGCCAGGCAUGUAGCACAUCUAUUCAUCAGGGACCCGGUUUCACUAUUCAGUGAGAGAAUAAACCAAGAUGAUGCCAAUGAUUCUGAUCAUUUCGAGAACAUCCAGUCAACUAACUGGCAGUCCAUGAGAUUCAAGCCCCCUCCUGUGAACUCUAAGAUUGGUUGGAGAGUAGAGUUCAGACCUAUUGAAGUGCAAUUGACUGACUUUGAGAAUGCCGCCUAUGUUGUAUUCCUGGUUCUUUUGACACGUGCCAUCUUGACCUUUAAGCUUAACUUCCUCAUUCCGAUCUCCAAGGUGGAUGAAAAUAUGAAGAAUGCACAAAAGAGAGAUGCAGUACUCAACCAACAGUUCUACUUCAGGAAAGAUAUCCAUUCAUUCAAUGAUAGCGAACUUCAGACAGACACCGGCAAGUGCACCAGGGAUGUGACAGAGUACUAUGGCUGCAUGAGCAUCGACACCAUCGUCAAUGGCGGCUCCAUGCCCGGGUGCAAGGAGGCUCGGUUCCCUGGUCUUAUCCCGUUGGUCCAUCAGUACAUUAAUACAGUUGAAGGGGUUGAUGUGGAUACCAGAUGUACAAUACUUCAUUACCUGAGACUCAUUUCAGACAGGGCAGCAGGUCGGCUCAAGACCACAGCAAGGUGGAUCCGUGAUUUCAUCCACACUCACCCCGACUACAAGCAAGACUCAGUCGUUUCGGAACUAAUCAACUACGACCUUAUCAAAGAAUGCGACCUCAUCACAAGAGGUACCGUGGAAGCGCCGGAUCUCUUUCACACACAGACGUCACGGUCCAGCGACGAUAUUCCAGAAUCCAUAGAGAGUAUGGAAACUCAAAUAGACACCAACUCGUGAAGUUUCCUAAUCUUCCUCGCGUUUACUUUUUAUACAGAUUAUAUGUUUUUAUAGAUUUAUGUUUAGAUACAUUAUAUAUAUGUGUGUAUGUGUGUAUAUAUUUUGUUUUAUAUUCAUGACUGAUGGAUAUUACACAAUUGAUCAUGAAAUAAUAAAUUAAAAGAAUUAUAUCAUUUCUUCUAUAGUACUCUUUAGUAUCAGACCAAGGAGAAUCAUUAUUUUUUUCAUUAUUUAGGCCCGUAUUCUGAAGUCGGGUUUAACUUAAACUCAGGUUUAAAGUUGUGGUUUAAGUAUAGAUAGCCAAUUGUUACAUAAAUCACUAACAGUAGAGAUAUCAUAAUUCGGCUCAUUUGGCUCACAAAUCAUUCAUAAUUUUCGAGGAAGUAUAAAUAGAUGAUUAUCUUCAACAUCGAUGAAUCAGGGAAGAGCACAGUAAACAUAAGAAACAAACAACUUAAUAAAAAGUCGGACACUUUUGGCUUCCCAUAAUUUUAGCACAGAGUUAGACCAUGGUCUAAGUUAAACGUGACUUCAGAAUACGGGCCUUAGAGUCUGAGUAAGUUAGAAUCAGUUCAGUAUAUAAUUCUGUUUAAUAAAGAAUGAUUAUCUCAUAAUGAAAACAAAUCACAAAGAGAUUACUCAUUAAGCAUGAUAUCAAUGAUUUUAUGGACAAUUUCUCUUCAAGUGAAUUCAAUUCAGUAUCAGUGAAUAUCAGUUGUGGUGAAAAACAACAAUAAAUUGUGUCAUGAAUGGUUCCCUUGUUCGCCUGAAGAAGCUUUCAACUACAAUCAGUAUGUAAAGUGUAGAGCCUUAAUCCUAAAAGACCGAUUGGUGCUGAUUCAGCAAAAUAAUUUACUCUUGGUGAUUUUAUUAUAGACAAUGACUGUCUACUGACUGCAUAGUCACCAGUUGAGUUCUUGGCCGAAGAAUAAAUAAAAUAAUAUAAUAAUAUAGGAUUUGUAUAGCGCACGUAUCCACCUUGCUAGGUGCUCAAGGCGCUCCUAUAUUACCCCGGCUAAGCUAGUCUACCGAUUCUGGUGCGCACAGCUUUUUGAGGAAUCACUUCCUGCCGGUACCCAUUUACCUCACCUGGGUCGAGUGCAGCACAAUGUGGAUAAAUUUCUUGCCGAAGGAAAUUAUGCCAUGGCUGGGAUUCGAACCCACAUCUCUCUGUUUCAAAGUCUGGAGACUAAUCCACAACUCCUUUUUUAUAAGGGCUUUAUUGUACAAAUAAAAUUAAUUUAGUUUUUAAGAUGUGCAAUGGGUUCAUUAAAAAAUAGUCAAUGAGCCUCAAUGAGCCUCUUUGAAUAUAGUACCUAAUUCUAACACUUCGUUUAAUCUUUUUACCUUUCAAAAAGACGAAAACAUACACUUGAAUCAUUUAUACUAUGAAAGAAUAUUUCAAAUAAAUAUUAGUUGUUUUUA